AUGACCAGGCAGCUAGAAGGGACUAAGAUUGAACUAUAUGGCGUCAAGAAAGUCUGCUUGGAAAUACCAGCCCAAUACUUUGCUUACAGAGUUCCCCACAGUCUUACCAGCUGUGAUUUCACCACAAGGGUCUCCCGAGAAGGAAAGCUAGAGAACAAGGAGGAAGAGGAUGAAAUGGCCGGUUCUCAGGGUCAGCUGACGUUCAGGGAUGUGGCCAUAGAAUUCUCUCUGGAGGAGUGGGGACGCCUGACCCACAUGCAGCAGGAACUGUACAGGGAUGUGAUGUUGGAGAACUAUAGACACCUCCUCUUCUUGGGUCUUGUGUCAAAGCCAGACUUGGUCACCUUUUUGGAGCAAAAGAAGGAGCCCUGGGAAGUGAAGAGAAAGGAGAGCAUAGCCACACACCCAGGUAGGUGGGAAUGA